GACUCUCAUGUCAAGCCAACCAGUUUCAGUAACCGGAGGAAAGAUUGGGUGGGGGGGAAAUGCAUUUUCAACGUGUGAAAUAAUUGCUAGAGGGACGAUUAUCAUCAUAUCGUAGAAACUGUUGGACCAAGAAACAUUGCAUAAUAUUUUAUAAGUAUUAUCGGUAACCAGUAUUAUCCUCUAUUGGAAUCACCCCAUGGAUUCACAGGAACAGACUCCUAAACAAAGAAUAGAUAUGGCUCACGGAUUUAUGAAAUCAGUUAUACGGAACCAAAUUGACAGGUCUCUUUUUUAGUCUGUCUAAAAAAAAUACUGUCUAAGACAGCACUUGUACGUGUAUGAUUAGUCCGAAUAAUAUUCAGUAAUUAAUUAAAUUACAAUUUAAAAAGUAUUUUUAUACAAACAAAUAUAAAAACUAUUUAAAAUAAAGAUACUGUUCAAUCGUCUAUACUAGUCAAUAGAGCCUACAUUUUGUUACAUACUGUCUUCUUAGUCUCCUAUAUUUUUAUUACUCUUCUGGUGUGGCUACUCUGCGUCCUAUUCACAAUCGGCACUCCCCCGACUCAACAUGUUUAAUAUUAAUAAUUAAUAGUACUGAAUGGGGAAAAACAAAGCUGUAGAGCAGUGAGCGUCAUGGUUCAACCCAGGUAAGAAGGUUGAAUUUUUUCGGAGGCAACUAUUAUAAAUUUUAUUCAUUAAAGUAAAGAGCCCCAGAUAUAUAUGGUCAAGGCCUGGACUGUCUGUAGGAAUAUUUUUUUAAAUACGGGCAGGUAGAGUGUUGGACAGUCUGUCCUAUUGUUUAAUGGUUGACAGGUAGGGUGGAGGACUUUCUGUAGGCUUACAGAGUGACAAUUAUGGUGUAGGACUGUUGUCACUGUUGUUUAAUAAAGGCCAGCAGGUAGGGUGUAGUGUAUGACUGUGUGUAGGCACUGUAGCCCUAUUGUUUAUAGAAAUGAGUAGUUAACUCUUUUUUUUUAACACUUCUUGGACCCACCAGGUAUUUUCUAAAAAUAUGCGGACUUUGGGUAAAAAAAAAAAAAAACACACCUGGUUAAGCCCUAGUAAAUAAUAAUUCAAACAUCCAUUCAUUAAAGUCAUUUAACAUUUGAAUUUGGCUUGGUGAAUUCCAUGUUUCAUCAUGAUAACUGACUUGACUUUCAGAAAAAUAAUUUAGUUUUAAAUCCAGUAUAAGUAAAAUGAUAAAUGGCGUGCUUAGCUUAACUAUUCCUGUUUUUUAGGUCUUAACUUAAGUUGGUUUGGUAGACUGUAAAACACAAUUCAAUAUAAAAAUUAAAAACAUAUUAAGCAUAAUGAAUAGUAAAAAUAAUACAUUUUGGAAUUGUAACUGACAACAUAAAAAGGACAUAGAUUUUAAUUUGAAUCUUUUUUGUUGACAUCUGCUUUAAUUAAUUGAAAUAUAUUUUUUCAAACUAAUUAUCUGCCAAUUUUUGCAAUCCGCUAUGGCCACAUUGUUUACUUUUCUAAGGAAAACCUUUAAAAACUGCUAAAAAGUAAAAGCACAUUUUAUAUUUUAAAAAAUGAAAAUAAUGUAACGAAGGAACAUGUUGAAUGCUAGCAAUAAAAAAUAUAACAACAAUGACUACUUUUUUACAGAAUUACAAUUACUUCACUGUAGCUGUUAAAUAAACAGUGUUUAAUGCUUGUCCAUUCAUAUGUGACUUUGACCAUGACAGUGAAAAUUGUCUGUCUAUAUUUAUUAGAUAAAAUAUAAUGUUAUGUAGUACACUAUUUUCCCGUGCUUGAACUUUGCUUGACCCAAAUUAGAUCCCUAGCAGAAAGUAGUGUUUGUUGUGGGCGUGGCUUAGUCUUUCAAGUAUCGUGUUUACUACUGCUCUACCAAUUAAACAUGGUUAGUAUGUCUACUAGUAGCUUAUGGAACGUUCUCGAUUGUAUUAGAAAAGUAAGGGCAUUUCUAAACGCGUCGGUAGACCCACAUAUAUAAAGGAUUGACAGGCGCAGAGAGAGACGGAGAUUCAGAUAGAUAUUUGUAACUUUACGAGACAUGUAUUAUUCUUUGUGUUCUUAUAUAUGUGUUUAUUCGCAUUUCGUCAUUGUACAUUAUUAAUUGGCACAUUGUACUAACUGUGUACCGGUACAAGAUCUGCCAUACUCUGUAAGUUGAUCAGUUGUAAUUAUAUUUCUUUUGUUUUAUAAUUGUAUUAUUACUAAAUUAAAUUUUAUUAAUUGUAUUUUGUACUGUUUUGGGUGUCGUAUUUUUGUUAUUGUAUUUCCCUAUGGUAUUGUCCUUUGUUUGGCACUGUUUGAAAGAGCCAUUUCAAAAAAAAAAUAAUUAAUUUCUCACCAGAGAAGCCAGUGCGUAACAUGUAAACACAAUAAAGUUCAAGAAAUUUUCUAUUAAACAACAUGUUCUUAAUUCAAGAUGCCCACCAAGUCAUGGGUCACACUAAACAAAGAUACUAAAAAUGACUCAAUACCAAAAUGCAUGGCAUAAAUGUAUCAGUAUCAAUAUAUAGCACCAAAUUGUAUGCAAUUUAAUUUUGUAUACUUUUUUACACCAAAUUGUUACUUGUUAACAAGCUUCAAAAUUGGCUUCAUUUGCAACAUGAGAAAUGGGGAAUUAGGUUAUUAGGGAGAGGUCCAAAAUUUUUUUUACAAAUUCCAGUAAUUCUAUUGAUCGCAAGCAAAUGACAUUUUUGAAUGGUUUCUUUUAAUAACUAUUCAUCCCCGUUGUUGAAAAAAUGUAUCUUAAAAGAAUUUUUUGGCAACAAGACGGGUGCAAAAAGUGACAGUGAGUGGUAAGCAUGCAAAACUCCAAAAGUAAAAUUCUCAAAAACGCAAAAAUAGAUAAUAUACUCUACCAAUUCCAUUGUAGCUUUUCAGGAAGCGUUCUUUGAAGACCUCAACUCAUCCUGAGAAAGAUGCCCUGAGUCUAAAAAUGUCCAUAAAUUGGUUUGGAAGCUUCCUUGAAAGAUUAUAUUUAAAAAAUAGAAGACUUGAUGACCAUCAACAUGGUUGCUAACUAGGACACCAGAAAAUUAUCCUGAUUUUUAUUUAAGGUUUCCCAUUUAUAUUUUAGUACCUUACCUAUUAUUAAGUUUUGGUUGAGCAUCAAAAUUUGUGGUUGGGAAAUGUAUGUAUGAGUUUGAGAGUUUUGGGACAAAGUCUUACAGAGAGAAACAGAAGAGAGAAAAAUUGCUAGAAAAUAGGAUUUGAAAUCAUUUGGGGCUUUUUUUUUUCCUCUUCUAUGCAGAGACAACUACGACAAAGAAGUUAAAGCAAAACAGCAGCAGGGAAGAGGGCAUAUUAAACUUCAUCCUCAUAAGCAGAAAAAACCAGAAAUUCAGACAUAUGUGCCACCCCAACGAUCAAAGAAAGGUUAUUGCUUUUUCAUUUUACUUUAAAUUUAUUUGAGAAAAAUUGACUGCAAAAAAAAAAAAUUAAAUUUUUAUUUGAAUCAUUAUCAUUUAAAUUUUAUUGACCUAUUUUUAACAUUUUUUAGAUUUAAAAAAAAUCACUUAAUUAAAAAAGGAAUUGGGAAUUUGGAAUUACCAGGGAUGAGAAUAAAAAUUAUUGGUUAGAAUUUUUUAUCUGAAACUGAACUUUACAAAUUUUGUGUUUUUUUAAAUUCAGAAUCACAUCAACACAUUUUUGUUCUUGAGUAUGAGCACAAAAAUGGUGAGAUUAUUACGGUACAUGUUGCUAAAGUAAGUUAUUCAGCUUAUGUUUUGUACUAGGGUUGCACCAAUUAAUUAGUCUUUAUUCGUACAAUUUUGUUAAUUAAUUGGCUUGAUUUCAGUUUUAAUCUGCACUUUAGAUAUCAGAAAAAGCUCCACAUGUUAGAAGUAAAGCUGUAGGGUCAUAAUAGAGUGAUGUCUAUUUAAUGUGAUUUUUUUUUACUUAGUAUGAAAGAAGAAAUUUGAAAGUUUCUAGAUGUCUAUCAUAUUCACAUAUAUUUUUUUUUACUGGUCAGUUGUUUUUUCCUUUUGGGACAUCAUGAAUGCUCCCUUUUCAGAGACAGGAAAAAUCAAUUGGACACUACCCUAUAAAUGAUCAAUCCAAAGCCUUAGAUCUAAAAAUAUAAUUUACAGAACAUAAUAUAAAAAAAUCUCUACCCAAACCUCGCCACUCUAACCUCUCCAAAGGGGAAAUCACAGGCAUUAGCUAAAUUACGUAAGCGUAAGGAUAUUGUAGUUAAACAUGCAGAUAAGGGUGAGGCUGUUAUCAUUUAUGAUAAAAAAAAUAUAUAUAUAUUUUAAGAAGCAGAAGGACAUUAGAAAAUAUACAAUUCUAUAAAUCUAACGAGCACAACCCAUUUGUUCACAACAAUGAAAUCUUGCGAAAAACAAUAAAACAAUUUAUUGACGAUUUUAAACUUCCUGAAUCAGCUAUUGCUCUGCACACGUUCAGUAGGGAUCUGGGAAAACCUUCUUUCUAUUUGCUGCCUAAAAUUCACCAAGAAAGCCAUCCUGGAUGACAUAUUGUCUUGGCCUGCCCUUGUCUUACAGAACAUGUCGCAGAAUUUCGUGAUGGGAUAUUUCAGCCUUUUGUAACUUCUUUACCCCCAUAUAUAUUAAGUACACCAACCAUGCUUUAAAAAAAUUAAAUUCCAUUUAAACAUUACACUUAAUUCAAAACAUCUACCGGUACUGGUACAGUUUUUACAUGAUGUCUGCUCACUAUUUAUGUCAAUGUCACAUGCUUUGACAUUUUUCCUCAAAAACAAACCACAUCCAUUAUCUCAUACUGACACCCUUUUCUGAUUAGCCAAACUGGUACUUAACUCACAACUCUUUUUAAUUUGUCUUUUUUUUUUUAACCAACUUAAUGCUGUGGCAAUGGGUACCAAGUUAUGCUGCUUUCAUUUCUUGUUUAGUUUAAACAAAAGUGAAGGUCGUACAAAACUCACCCUUACCUACCAUCCUUACAAAAAGAUUGCCAAAAAUAUUCUUAAAGAAUUUUAAUUUACUCUUUGCUGACCCUGAUACUGACAGGGUAUUAUCAGCCCCUACUCUUAUUGUCUUCUGAAAGGAUUCAAAUCUAUGUGAUCUUCUCAUUCAUUUGUCUUCUAGCCGAGCCUUCUCACAUUGAGACUAAGCCAUGUUCAAGAAGCUGUAAGCCGUUGUAGGACUUGGCCCUAUCUACUGGAAACUGAACACAUUAGCUUUUCCAAAGGAGAGGGCUUAAAAUGUAUCAGUUGAAAUGUGAUUGUUUGAGGAAGAUGCCGCUCCUGUUUUAUAGGUGAAACAGGAAAAAAGGCUAUUUGAUAGGUUCAUUGAAAAUCUUCAAAUGUCCCUGGUUUCAUCCAAUGUCACUGGAGUUAAACACAGGGACACAUCAGAUGUAUCCAACAUGACACUAAUUUCCAGCAAUAAUAUACCAGCAAGAGUGGAGAAUGAAAAUAAAUUAAUUCAAAUUUUCAACACCACUUCACCAUUUUAAAUCAAUCAGAUACUCUCUUACUAGUGGUCCUCAAUUUCUAUUCUCAUUUUUAUAGUUAAAUAUUAACUUUACAUUAAAUACUUAAAUUCUUUUACCUUAACAGUACCCACCACAGAAUUAUUAAGAAGCACAUUUUGUCUUAUAAUUCCAUUGCUAUAUUGCACGUUUGUUUCUCAACUUCUGUUUCUAACAAAAGCAUAGAGUGCUUCCUGUUCUGAAAAACAGACUCAUAACUAGAGUGUUGUAAAUACAUGCACCCUGCAGCAUAGUGGAUAAGGGAGAGGCAAUCUUCCUUGGGAUCAUUUUAGAUUAGUUGAUGCCCUUUUUGGAUGAGGAAUGGAUGUUGCUUUAUUUUUUUUUUUGCACCAUUUUCUUUUCUACAUUUUUUCUUUUCACUGAUUCAAAGCAUUUUUGAAAAGAAUAAAGCCUGUUCUAAGCACGCCACAAGUAAAUUCAGCAUAUCUACGAGAAGGGUCUACAUUUCUUGGUGGUGAGCAGACCCAUUUCCCCUGUCCAGUUGCAAGGCCAAAUAUUUUGGAAUCUGAUAGGCAAUAACUGCUUAUUUUAACAAGAUAAAGUAAACAUUAUAUAACUACUCUCCUAAACCCAAAUAAUAGCUUUUGGGAAUAACUGCCGCAUAUAGUAAAUUACCUACAAUUAGUUACAAAUUGAAUUGUCAAAGCACAAAACAUAAUCACAUAUCAUGGUAAAUAAGUGGCACAAGAGGAUAAAGCAAGCCUGAAUAUCUGUUAAACUUAAACUGUUUGCUUAUUGGUGCAAUCCUAGUGAGACUUUUACUUAUUAUGUAAUUUAUUUGUACUGUGACAUAAAAUUUAAUAAAGUUCCCAUAUAUGUAUUUCAGUUAGGUGUAACCAUUUUUAAAAUAUAUGGUAUAACAUAAAACUUAAAUUUAAGCUUGCUGGAGGAAUUAAGACCACUUGGAGUGUACCAGUUAUCUUAAAAUUGUUGAGACAUCAAUGAAAAAAUAAGGAUGGGUACAAAAUUAUUGAAUUUCGUGGCUGUCUUAGCCUCAAGUUGGUAACAUGGCAUCAUUGUUAAGUUAGCAAGUAAUUCCACAUUCCAGGUUUGAAUGUAUUGAGGAAGAAUCUGCUUUAGUGAUACCAUUCUCAAACUACCCUAUGACUUUCUGUCUUACGUAAUGUACAUCAGAUUUUAAACUAAUUUAGACUGACACUUGGAAUAUCAUAUGGAGUACCGGAAUCACAAUAAUAUUAUGGAGGUCUUUUCCUCAAACUUGUCUGUCAUAUGAUGGAGUUUUAAUAUAGCUGAAACAGUUUUUUAACAAAUUAUUAACUUAGUAAUUGAAUGAAGCUAAUGCAAUAAUUUUUUUUUUUUCUUUUUCAGGGUGAUAUACCAGAAGAGAUUGCAAAAAACAUUGGUGAAAAGUUUCAGUUGUCCAAUGCUUUUAUAGACGCCCUUGCACAGAAAAUAGAUGAGGAAAUUGUUAAGCGAGUUGUAUGAAAUGGAUCUCAUAGCUAAAAGAAAGUGCAAUAUUUAUACUCAAAGCUGAUUUGUUAUAUGGCAAUAUCGAUGAGCAAAUUUAAAUCAGAUGUUUUGUCAUUAAAAAAUAAUGUAUUGUUUGCUACUCUACUAAGAUUAGUAAGAAUGUGACUGAAAUACAUCCUGGAUUGAGGGCCACAUUAUUGCAUGUGAAGCAAGAAUACAGAGUCUAUGAUUAUAUUUGCAUAGACCAAAAAGUAGAAGUAUAUUGUCAGAAAUAUAAAGCAGAGGGUAGGGGAAAACCUGAAAAAAGUCUAAAAGCAGCAAGAAGCCUUUAUCAUUAAACAGUAUAAACAAAGGGAAAAAAAAAUGUGAAUAAGAAAAUUGGCUUAGGUAGUGUCCCGAAGAACUGCUAGAGGAUGACAGCAUCUUUUUUUGUUUCACCUUUUUCCAAGUUUUUUCUUACCCUUUGCUUUCUAUUUGGUAUUGCUUCAACCUGAACACAAUCCUCCUCCUUAAAUUGCAAUUAUAAUUAAAGUCUUUUUUUGUUAGUGCCUGAUAUUCUUUUCCCUUGCUUUGACUAAAUGAGUUAUGGCAUAGCCUAUCUGGUGGCAUGACCUUGAUUUGACUUAAUGAGUUAUGGCAUAGCCUAUCUGGUGGCAUCAAUGAACAAUGUGUAGAUCUAAGGGUUUAAACCAUAAAGGCUUAUUGGACUAAGGACAGGUAUUCACUAAAAAUAGUCAGAGAGAUAAUAUUUGUUCCUAACUUAACUUUGAUUAUUUUUAUUUAAAAACUUUUUAAAAAAAUAUAUUUAUACUUGUAAUUGCUGCUGCAUACAUUUAAGUUAUUUUAUUUAUAAGGGAAUUAGAAAAUGGUCAUAUUUCGAUAUCUGAGCAAGAUUUUAAAAGUACAUAACUUCUCAGGGGUAGUAAAUGUGCCUUAUAAUUAUUAAAUUUACAAUGUAUGAACAAAUAUAUGAUCAAUUUUGUAUCUGGUAUAUUGUAAUUGUAUUUGUAUAAAAAGGGAUUCCACUAUUUGCAGUGGUUAACUGCAAUGUAUGAUUAUUAAAAAUAACUUAUCAUGAAGAGGCAGUUUGGUGGAGUUUCUUUGCAUCUUUAUUUGUUUUAGUGAGAUUGUGGCUUGUCAAAUUAUUUUUUUCAUCACAAAUAUACAUGUCUUUUUUCUUAGUUCUAUUCCCAGUUUAUAUAUAAACCACUGUUUAAAUGACAUGUCUUACACACCAGCCUAGGUAAAAAUCCAAUAUCUACCACUUUUAUCAUUGAAACACAUAAAAUAGGAUCAAAAUUGUAUAAGCAGAUUAAAACUAGAGCCAAAAUGCUAUAAGUUAAACAGGUUUCCAAGUAUUUUAUUUUUCUAAUAUAUCAAGAACACCAGCAAGCGCUACUAAACUUGUAUGCUAGACUCUUUCUCACAACUGAUAACAGCACAUGAAUAGAUUUCUACCAGCUUAUCAUGUUGGACAUCAUCAUUCAGAUGUAGCAGCCAUUCGGGCAUGUGCCCAAGGCCAUGAGAAGAAUUUGCACACUCUGUAGCUGUUUGGUAUAUGGUGUGUUGUUGUAGUCUGGUAUUUUGGUUGGUAUUUACUGUCUCAUUUGGACAUCUGCAGACGAGGCGCAUCUGGUUUUUGUUUUAUGCUAAGAAUUAAGUUAUACUAUGUGCGUCCCAUAGGUGAGCGAAAGAUUAUGACCUGUUUGUGUCUUUGGAACCAAUUGAUCUUUAGGUUCUUGGCUUUGCAUGUAGGUGAAAACACAUCUUCCUACUGAGCAUGUAGCCGAUCCAUUUAACCUCUCUUCUUUUUUUGUUUAGUUCUGAUAAUCUGCUUCAGUGUUGAGUGAUGUAAGUAUGUUUGGCUGUGUUGAAUGUUGUAGGUAUGUUUGGCUGUGUUGAAUGUUGUAGGUAUAUUUGGCUGUGUUGAGUGAUGUAGGUAUGUUUGGCUGUGUUGAGUGAUGUAGGUAUGUUUGGCUGUGUUGAGUGAUGUAGGUAUGUUUGGCUGUGUUGAGUGAUGCAGGUAUGUUUGGCUGUGUUGAGUGAUUUAUGUAUAUUUUGCUGUGUUGAGUAAUGUUGGUAUGUUUGGCUGUGUUGAGUGAUUUAUGUAUGUUUUGCUGUGUUGAGUGAUGUUGGUAGGUUUGGCUGUGUUGAGUGAUGUAUGUAUGUUUCGCUGAGUUGAGUGAUUUUUGUCUUUUCAUUCAUGCUUCUUGUUUGACUAGUUAGUCAGCUCUCUCAUUUCCUGCUAAAGUUGUGGUGUCCUGGUAUCCAUUGUAAGGUUUUGAGGAAGGUGUUUAUUUUCAAAAUUAGUGAUUUUGCUGUUAUUGUAAGACAUUGAUGCUCAGCAGCCUGAGGUAUUGAUUCAAUGAUGUCAGGCCAGAGUCACAUGAGGAGACAUGGCAAUAUAUAUUUAUUGAUGGUAAUGCAAAAAUGUGUAAGUCAUAAAGCUGAGUACCGGUAUGCCUGUAUUUGUGAAAUCGGUUGAAAACAUGAAGCUUAUUUUCAUUGCAUUUGUCGAAACGUUAGUCUCAUUACUGCACCAAAUAAUGAUUAGUGCAAUUCUGAAAAUGUAGCAUUAGCAUGGAUUGCAGUUUAUUGAUUAGUUUUGCUCUACUUGUACAGUUAAGCUGCUGGUAUGUAUGUUUAUAUCUAAAGGCAUGAAUUUUUUUUAAUGAUUUAAAAUCUGUACAUAAUUUGUAAGCUC